GGUUUAGCGCGGAAUUCAGUCACUGCGUUCAGACGAUCGGUUCGCGGGAAAGAAAAGCCACAUCAACACAGCGUACUGCUACUAGAUAAGAGGAAUAAGAAAUACACAUAAAUAUAUGUUGGAAUUAUCAGAUCGGUUCCAACUGAAACAUAGGGAUGCUUUUUCGUUCAAUUAUUGAAAAUCGUCUAGGCAGACAACGGCAGAAUGCAUUACCUACUCAAACCCGGACCAUGUAUCCCCUGAGCUCCCUCCUGGAAGGCUACCAGUGUGUUCGCAAUGAUGAACAUAUCUCCUAUGGCAGCCUUGGUGAUUCAGUGCCCCCAUUUGGACUAUCCUUCUCCUCUGCGAGGGAGAUUCAGGAUGUUCUGGCUGUGGCAAAUGAAGAAGGCAUUGUUAGGAUUUACAACACUGAGGGGCGAGGAGACCGACUUCUUAAAGAAUGGCUGGCUCACGAGAAUGCUGUCUUUGACAUAGCAUGGGUGCCUGGGGAGUCUCAAUUGGUGACUGCUGCAGGCGACCAGAUGGCCAGGUUGUGGGACGUGAAGUCAGGCGAACUGUUAGGUGGCUUCAGAGGCCACCUUUGCAGCCUCAAAUCUGUUGCAUUCACUUCAGAGGACAAAGCUGUAUUCUGUACUGGCGCAAGAGACGGAAAUAUUUUGGUGUGGGAUACCAGAUGCAGCAAAAAAGAUGGUUUCUACAAACCAGUGAAACAAAUCCAGGGUGCUCAUAACAAAGCAGAGACAAACCCCCCAUCGAAAACAAAGAAAAGACGACUCAGUGUUCGUGGCAUGGCUCCCAGUGUGGACACCCAGCAGAGUGUCACUGUGGUGUUAUUUCAAGAUCAGCACACUCUCAUCUCCUCGGGGGCAGUUGAUGGGUUUGUGAAGAUGUGGGACCUGAGGAAAAACUACACCGCGCACCAUCACCAACCUGUAGCCCUGCAGACGUACCCGUAUCCCGGCUCUUCUAUGCGUAUGCGUCUCGGGUAUUCUGGUCUUGUCCUGGACUCCACGAGGUCUAAUGUCAUGUGCAACUGCACUGAUGACAACAUUUACAUGUUCAAUGUCAGUGGAAUCAAAACUACACCAGAGGCUGUGUUCAGUGGCCACCAAAACUCAUCUUUUUACAUCAAAUCCACAAUUAGUCCAAAUAACCAGUUCUUGGCCAGUGGCUCAAGUGAUAACCACACAUACAUAUGGAAGAUCUCUGAUCCUACGCAGCCUCCCAUAACUCUUCUAGGCCAUAGUGAGGAAGUGACAUCUGUUGCAUGGUGCCCAACAGACUUCACUAAGAUCGCUUCCUGCUCCGAUGACCACACUGUGCGCAUCUGGCGCCUACGUCGUGAAAUGGGUGGAGAACAGUCAUCAGUGGGAGAGGCCAAUCUUGUUGGCUGGGCACGUCCAAAAAGUCCACGCAAACUUUCGAAUCCCACUGAGAUAACACCUGCUAAGGAGCAGAUGGUUGAGAGCAUUGGAGGCCUGGCCUCUCCGUGCCUCGCCUCCUGUGCUCCCAGUGGUGCCGCCUUACCGCUCUCCUCCAGCACCACCUCACCUGUCCAUUCUCGGCAAGCCAAAGCUGCUAAUUAUCAGAGAACUUCCAUUAAGUCCUGGCUCUCCCCCAGUCAAGGAUCUCCAAGCCAAAAGAGCCCUCUACUGUGUAAAGUUCUGAGUCCGUGUCCUCAGAGCCCAACGAAUUGCACUUCUCCUUUGGUACCGCGAGCCAAACGUAGGCUGGAGACUGUCAACGGCUCAACUGAUGAAUGUGAGGGCACAAAGCUGAGCGAGUGUGUCUCCGAACUCUACCCUGUUGCCAAAAGGUGCAAGGGCCAGUCUGGCAUCGCCCGCCCAGCUCAAGGGGAUCUGCCACACACAGACAAUCAUAUUGACGAAGGCCGAGAGUCAUCAAUACAGUCUGGAAAGGAAAACUACUGCCCUGGGGUGACAGACUGGCUGUCAGCAAUGGGCCAAAAGAUGAGAGGAAACUCUCGUAGCCCUCGAAGCCCCAGUGCUGCAAAGAAACAAGAGGGCAAGACGCCAGCAUCACCAACUUUGAACUCACCGCGGAACAUGAAAAAAAUCUCCUCCUAUUUCAUGAGGAGAGGCACAGACUGACCCAUCAGCAUCCAUGAGUAGUGCCUCAACAUUUUUGACGCUGUGCAGUCACUGACUGACAGGUGUGUAAUGAAAAAA